CGCAGCUUCCCAAAAGGCGUCCGACGUCCUGCACAAGGCGGCGUCUACCGAACCCCGAGGAAACCGAAUGGCCGCCAGUCCAGGCAGCGCCCGCAGUCGGGCGGCGUCGCCAGCGACGUCACCGCCACGGUCUGGAUGGGCGACCCCUGGAAGCGCGGCAUCUCCGGCGACCCCGUCGUUCGCGCGGACCCCAGAGAGUUUCAUGUCUGGCUUCGUCGUCCACGACAACUGCGCUGCCGUCCAGGAGAGCAUCUACGUCGUGCUGGGUCACGGGCCGUACCAGCGCCGAGUCCUGCUGUGCAGCGCCCUGUCGCUGAUCGUGGCGCUCUCGCAGGCGCUGUCGGACCGCCUCACCAGUCGGCCCGUGGACCACUGGUGCCGACCGCCGGAAGACCUGGGCGAGCUGUCUGCCGACGCGUGGAAAAAUAUGUCCAUCCCCGUCGAGGCUGACGGCUCGUUCAGCAAGUGCACCGUGUACGAGCCUGCCGUUGCGGACACUCCGGCGGCCAACAGGUCAGCGGCGCCUUGUCAUAGAUGGGACUACGACAUCGCGAACCGAGGCGACAGCAUCGUCAGCCGGUUCGGCCUGGUCUGCGGCCGCCAGUACCUGCUCAACAUUCGCAUCGUGGUCUUCCUCACUAUUGCCGCUCUAGUGACACCUGUGCUAGGGUUGGCGUCCGACCGAGUGGGUCGAAGACCCGUCAUUCUGGCCUCCGCGAUGGUUCUGCUGGCUGCAACCAUUGGCAACAGCGUCUCCGGCACGUUCGCCUUCUACGUCUCAACGAGGACUGUGGUCCUGACGACCGUCAACGCCGUCUUUGUGCUCACCUUCAUCCUGCUCUACGAGGCGACAGGGAACGAGUGGCGGUUGCUGUUCACCCUCCUUGACACGGCCGUCGGGGCCACCGUGGUGCCUCCGUUCGUAGACGCUCUCAGCCUGCUGGAACCGCGCUGGGCACUGAUGCACGGAGUCGUCAUCGUGGCCACGGCGAUUUUGGCGGCCUGGUGCUGCUUCCUGCGAGAGUCGCCCGCCUGGCUGCUGGCCACCUGGAACGUGCAGCGUGCCCAGGAGGGCGCCCUGGAGGCGGCCAGCAUCAACGGCCUAGACGUCACCAAGGCGGCGGCCACCUUCCGGGCAAUUCUCGCCCAACUGGUGAAGCUCGACCGGAGCCCGCAUACGUCAACUGGGCUCGUCGUGACCGACGACUCCGUGCAGUCCGUGAGGAUGUGUCGCCGGGCCGUGUCAGUGUUUCUGGCGAGGCUGACGCUCAGCGCCGUCUACUUCCCCCUGUUGACGACGGGACGCGCCCCCGGCUACCACUGGGCAGCUGUGCACGCCCUGCUGCUGGUGGCGUCCUACGUGGCCGUCGGCUGGGCCGUGCUCAAGCGCGGACUACGGGACACGCUGAUCGUACUGCUGGUCGUCGUGAGUGCCUUCUGCGCCGCGCAGGCGCUGCUGAUGUCCAUAGGCGUUCUCCAGUUGGCCAUUCCUGUCGUGCACGCGGUGCUCAAGGUCGCGCUGUCGGGUGCCAUGAGUGUUGUCCUGUGUUACUCGGCCGAAGUCUUCCCCACCAGGACCCGCUGCACCGGCGUUAGUGCGUCGACGUUCUUCGGUUCCGUCGGUUCACUCCUGGGUGUCCUAGCGUACGCGCAGAACGGCGGCAAAGCAGGUGCUCACUUCCACGCGACCGCAGCCAUCAUGACCGCCCUGAGCGUCUUCGCGGUGCAGUGGCUUCCCGAGGUCCUCGUCGAGAUGCAGAAAGCGAAGCGUCGGUCGGCGCCCAAGAGCGCCCAAGAGCGCAAGGAGGCGCUCAAACAGUCCCUGGCGCUGCCUGCCGAAGGCGCGAAGAAGAGAAGACGGCGCAGGGGAAAGGCGAAGACGCCAACCAAGUCGCCGGCCUAACAAUGGUAAUACUUCGAGUGCGCCGAAGGUACUGAUAAAGUGGUGAAUACGAUGGACACAUCCUACUAAUCGCCGAAUAGACGCACUGCCAUUUUGAACUUCAUAUACAGAGAGAGAAAAUAGUGCAAGUUAACAUUUAUGUAUAAGUUGUAAAGGUUCCUCUAGUAGUUCAGAAAUACGAAGGAAGUUCUGUAAGGAACAACCCGCUGAACGUCUCAUUUUCUCUCAUGUUCUGUGUAAUUUCGUUAUUACUACCGGCUUGUUCUGUCUCGCUUGUGGAAUUGGUGGCACUCACUGAUUGGAAUCGUGUUAAGGUGCAAGGAGCACUACGUUCGUGAACUGUAAAUUGUGCCUGCAAUCUCUUAGCAGGCGCCUGAACUGCGCGCAUUGUGCUGAUGUGCAAUAGUUUUAAUG